AUGGAACUUGUGAAUGUUCCUGCGCUUCGAAUUACAAAUUCUGCAGUCUUCGGAGUACAAUUAAAGCUUUUUGUUUCCUCUCUUUCGCUGAGAAGAACUUUGAUCAAGAAUCGACUAGUUGUCGAAGCUGGGGCAAAUGCUAGAAAAGAAAGUGCCAAAAUCCGGAACAGAAGGAUGCAGAAGAAGUUUGAUGGAACACCUAGAAGACCAAGGCUUUCCGCAUUUUGCUCAGAGAAGCAGUUGUAUGCAAUGCUGGUUGAUGACCAAAACAAAAAGUGUCUGUUCUAUGGAAGUACAUUGCAGAAAUCUAUCCGACAAGAUCCCCUUGUUCCAAUAUUGAAGCUCCUCAACGUGUUGGGGAGGAACUUGUCAAAGCCUGCGUUGAACUCAACAUAA